AUGCGCCAUGCAUCAAACCAUAUUGAACUUUGGCCUGAAGGAGCCAUUGGAGGAAAGUUUCAUUGAUAAUUCAUCAGAUAAUAAAUAAUUACUCAGGAUUGUUGAUUCUGAAGAUUUUACAAAAAUUCUUUGUCUUCGAAUAUGGCGGAAAAAGCUGGAAAAAUUCAUUUGUCCGUCGUUGCUGGAUUAUGUGCGACGCUUGGUAGUUUGUUCGGAAAAUUAUCCGGUGGCAUUGAAAUGACGUCUACAAUUUUCAUAUUGAUUAAAUUGAGUCUUCUCGUGCUAAUGAUCACCGCCAAUACAGCCGGCUGCACAUUUUUUGUCAAAUCUUUACAAGGUUGCGGUUCUUCGCUUCCUGCUACCGUGGCGAGUGCGGCAACGAAUUACUUCUGUUCGGCUCUCAUGGGUUUUCUAAUAUUCGGUGAAUCGACGUCUCUGAUGUGGUGGACUGGAACUACUUUGGUACUCUGCGGAUUAUUGCUGAUUUGCUAUGCGCCAACCGUUGCCAAAGUGACCAAGAGCGAAAAACUUAAAGAAUAAUAAUUAAGAAGAGAUAACCAAAUCGAAUACCAAAAAAACAAAAUCAUCUGUACACAGGAAUACUCAUACCUUUGAUACUAUAACUGGUGAUUGAUGAUACAUAACGCUAAGAUUUAGAUUUAAACGAUGUGUAACAAGUAUUAAUGUAAAAAUAAAGAACAAAUUUUGUACGACUCGAUAA